GAGUGGGGUCCUGCUUCAUUGCUCAUGGGUUGAAGCCAGGGCAGGCAGCAGACCCGCUGAGGGGCAUCUGUGCUCGUCCUGCCCCCCACACUUCCUGUCCUCUGUCUCCUGCCUGGCUGAAGCGCAUCCCCGGAGGCCCUCUCUGCAGCCUGGGCUGGCACCAGGCUGGGGCCCAUGUCAGCCAGUCCUCAGCCUCCUUGGAGCCUCCGCCGCUCUGACUGUGUGGUAGCCCCCUCGGGCUCUGCUGGGCCGGCCACCUCUGGGCUGCCCCGUCCUAGCUGGACCUUUCCACACCUGCCUGACCCUAAACUGGGCAGCCUUUGUGGGAGACAGUGCAGUGGCAGGAACCAAGGCAGCCAGUCCCCCUAGUGGGGGGGCCUCCCCUUCAGCUGACCAGGUCUGGAGCCAUUCCAGGGUGGGCUUUCCUGGCGCUGAAGCUGGGGAGGCUGCCUGUCACCUGUCAAGAACCAAGGAUGUUGAUCUGCACAGACAUUGCUUUGGGCGCCCUUGGGCCCCCCGGCCACAUGGCGCCUGUCCCUCUGCUUUGUGGCCAUUGUAGCCGGGAAACCCAGGCAUGCAGCUUGGUCUGAAUCAUGCAGCUAGGAGGCCCAGGCUGCUGCCCAUGAAGGCCGGCUCCUCUUUUACUUGCCAUGCUUGUCCUCAGGGAUAAAAUCGAGUGGCAGGGUACACAGCUGGGGAAGGGGUGGCUCUGGCAUCCCUCCACACUGGCUUGUGUCCUGGCUAUGCUCAUCGGCUGGGUGGGUUGGCAAGACAGGGUCUCUCUCAGGCCAUUCUUCUGGGGGUGGGUCAUACCUGGCUGUGCGCCAAGGCCUGAGUGUGUCCAGGGUGGAUGGGCAGGGGGCCUGGCCUGGGAGUGGAUGUUGUCAUAGUGGGCAAGGACAGGAACUGCGGGAAGGUAGCUCUCCGGUGAUCGCUGUGGCCCCCACCUCCAUCUCCCGCAGCUCCCCCUAACCCGUCCCCUGCGCCUCCUCCACGGGGGUGCGCCCAGGGAAAGGAGACCCUCCUUCAUUUCCCCCAACAGGAGGGUGGGUCCCCCCAGGUCCGUGCUGCCUCAGCCAGCCACCCUCCUACCCCCCACCCUCCCAGAGCCUUUCCUCGUCUGGGCCAAGACUGGCUGGAGAAAGCCUGAAAACCACUGUGCACCCUGUGGGGAAGGUGUUCUGAGCCUGUGGGGCCUGGGUGUGGUGUGUCCGUCUGUUGGCCCCCACAGGGUGGGAGCUGUGUCCCCAGCCGUCCCACGGUGUGUGUGUGUGGGGCUCCACCUCUCAGGUCCUCUGGUUGCCCCACUGCAGGUGUCAGGUGUCGUCUGGGGCCAGGAAGGUGGUGGCACCACUGCUCCAGUGCAGGCCAACCCCAGCCUAGUGGCUGUGGAUAUCACUGGGCCUGUGCAGUGCCUGGGCACAGGGCUAUUCCUCUGAGUGCUCUCAGCCACGUGUGCUGAUGACAUCCUCAGCUUCUUGCGCAAUGGGCUUGCUUUCCCAAUAUAAACCUGGUGCUGGAGGAGCAGAGGCCAGGGGAGCAGUGAUGGAGGCUGGGCUGCUGAGUGCCAUCCUGGGCCUUGUCACGGUGCAGGGGGAGACAGCCAUGCUGGACCUGGAUCUGCAGAAGGUGGCUUUUCUUUCCGACGUGGGGAGGUCUAGCGACUCAGGACCCAGUCCCUCCAACCCCCAGCCAAUUCCAGAGCAGAUACAGCAGGGGCCCCAGGACCCACCCGGUUCAGCCUGGACAGAGCAGAUUGCAGGAUUCUGGAGGGAAGUUGGUGUGGCCUCCAGCCAAAACCUGGCACUGAAGACCCCAAAGAGGCUGGAAGCCUUGUUCCUGACCUUGAGCGGGCACGAACUGCUGGUGAAGGCUGCAUAUUACAGCUCAGGAAGUUGUGAGACAGAAAACAUAGUGGGCUCAGAGAUAGACAUGUCGGGGACAUUCGUCUUCCCUGGCCACAGGGAGAUCCAAGUGGUAGAUACGGACUACGAGCAGUAUGCCAUUUUGCGGUUGUCCCUCCACUGGCAAGGCAAGGACUUCCGUGUGCUCAAGUACUUCACCCGCAGCCUCGAGGACGAGAAUGGGCCAGGCUUCUGGAGGUUCCGGGAGCUGACCGCAGACACGGGGCUUUACCUGGUAGCCCGGCACGGGAGGUGCGCCAAACUCCUGAAGGAGGGGUCCAGCGACUGCCGUGCAGACCAGCCCAGAGCGAGGCCUGGAGUGGGGAACCUGCCUGGGACCUGCUGGAUUGAAUCCUGAGCAGUGUUCCCACAAGACCCAUAGGAGUGACAUCUGGAAGCUGCAUUCUGGCAGCUUCAGGGUGCUUGGCGGACAAUUUGGAUGUUCCAUGGAUCUUUCUGGACGAAGCUUGCAACAAGUGUGAGGUGAGGAGCCUGCAGGUGGACUUGCUGUGGGGUCGUGCUCCUGGGCUUGGGCAGCAGUCACCAAGUCCCCGGGCCAGUCAUGGCACUGAGCCGUCAGGGGUUUAUUCCUUGCGCAUCUGGACACCGGAAGCCCCACAUUGGGGUGGUCUCUGGUGAGAGGCCCCUCCUGCCUGCAGCUGCAGGUGGCCUUCCCGCUGUGUCUCACAUGGCCUCAGCUCCACUGCCAGGGAGAGCUGGCUGUGCCCCCCUCCUCUUAGGAGGGUGCCUGUCCUAGCAGGUUCCAACCUGCCCGAGAGGCCCCACCUCCAGACACAGCACAGUUGGGGUUAAGGCUCCAGUGAGGCAUUCCUGGGGACACCAUUCAGUCCCUGACAAAAGCCAACCCCAUUCAGAGGAUGACAGCGGCAUCCAGGGCCUCUGCCAGACAACACAAGUGCCCAAGCCGCUGGACAUGCUGGGAAAUGGCAGAACUACACGCCCGCUGACAGCCAGAGGACUCAUGGGAGAACAGAUAGGGCAACGAAUGGGGCCAACGCAGAGGCUGUGAAGAGAGCUGGUGGGGAGCUAGUGCUGCGGGGCACCGAGCCAGGGCUCUCCUGGAUGGGUUUGGCACGCUGCAGGUGGCAGAGGUCGUGGCUGUGACCCUGGACGAAUCAACACAGAUGUCGGAGCCUUGGAGGGGAGCAGAGAAUGGCUGGGGUGGGG